AUGACACUGAAAGAAUCUAGAGAUGACAAAGUAAGAACAGCAGGUGUCCAAGUAAGAACAGGACGAAAAUGGUCAGCAUCAAAAUCAGUUUCAGAGGCAGAGAGUAGAUUGAGGCAUAAAUAUAUUGUUGGAACAGUGGCAGUAGGACGACAGGGCCUUGGUACAUCAAAAAGUUGCUACUGGAAGAACGCUAACACACUAGAAAGACGAAGUCUUGUCCAAAGAGAGAUAAAAUCUAGAGAAGAAGAAAACAGACAAGCAAAGACAGUAGAAUUAGGGAGCCAAGGUGCUUGGUCGAGAUGGGAUUUGGAACAACGAUCCCUUACAUGGUCAGAUAUAUGGCGCUAUCCGCAAUACCAACUGCAGUUCCUUCUGAGAUCAGUGUAUGAUGUGUUACCGACACCUUCAAAUCUGCACAGGUGGAAACUAUCAGAAACACCAGACUGUCCCUUGUGCGGAAACAGAGGAACUCUACAACAUGUUCUUUCAGGGUGCAAUAUCGCUCUUACACAGGGUAGAUAUACAUGGCGACACAACCAAGUACUCCGGGAACUUGCUGAAGUUAUAGAGAAACAGAGGAAAGAUGCGAAACACAUUAGAGACAAACCUAUCAAGAUCCAGUUUGUGAAGGAGGGUGAAGUAGGCCAGAAAAGUAAAAAGAACAUAUCAGGAAUGCUUAAUCAGGCGAAGGAUUGGCAGUUAGAAGUUGAUCUAGGAAAGAAGAUGCAAUUUCCUGAUAUUGUACCAACUAACCUAAGACCAGACAUGGUACUUUGGUCUACAAGCAGUAAAAAAGUAGUAAUCAUAGAGUUGACAGUUCCCUGGGAGGAGAGAUGUGGCGAAGCAAAUGAAAGAAAGAGGGCAAAAUAUGAUGGACUGUUGGCAGAGUGCAGAGAUAGAGGAUGGCAAACAUGGAACUUUCCUGUUGAGGUUGGCUGCAGAGGCUUCCCUGCACAGUCAGUGUGGAGAAUGUUUUCUGCAGUAGGAGUGACUGGCCGGCAAAGAAGAACAGCAAUACAGAAACUGGACCAAGCAGCAGAGAAAGCAUCUUGCUGGAUGUGGAUGAAGAGAGAUAGUAGUAGCUGGAAACCCACCACCAAUGCGCAGUGA